AUGGAAUACAUUUCUCAUUUUACAAAUAUCAUUCGAGAUACAACACAAAAUUUACUUUAUAAAAUUAAUGGGUUUUUUCAACGUCCUGAUCCCGAUGCUCAAUUAGAUUAUGCUGAAUUAGUUGAUGAUAAUGAUGGAACACCACAUCGACGUAUUAAAACAAUUCCUGCAACAUCAUCAAAAUAUAAUUCCUAUGUUCCAUCUCGUUUUGCUCUUAUUAAUAGAAUUCGUACAAUGCCUGUACGAUAUCAAACAGCAUUUCUUAGUUCAUUAGGUUUUCUUAUAUCAUUUGGUAUUCGAUGUAAUAUGGGUGUUAGUGUUGUUGCAAUGACACAUAAUGAAACAGAAAAAUUACCCAAUGGAACAAUUAAAUUAAUCAAACUUGCUGAAUUUGAUUGGACGCCAGGAAUUAUUGGUAUUGUUGAUAGUUCUUUUUUUUGGGGUUAUCUCGUUACUCAAGUACCCGGUGGAUAUUUAGCAGCAAAAUUUCCGGCAAAUCAUGUAUUCGGAUUUGCACUUGGUAUAUCAUCAUUCCUCAAUUUAUUCAUUCCAUUUGCCGCGAAAAUUCAUUAUGGUUUUGUCAUGAUUUUAAGAAUUCUUCAAGGACUUGUUGAAGGUGUGACUUAUCCUGCAGCACAUGGAAUAUGGAGAUGGUGGGCACCACCUUUAGAACGAAGUACAUUAGCAACUAUAUCAUUUACUGGAUCCUAUGCAGGUGCCGUUCUAGGUAUUCCACUAUCUGGAAUACUAACGGAAUAUUUAAAUUGGCAGGUGGCUUUUUAUUUUUAUGGAGUAAUUGGAAUGAUUUGGUCAGUAUAUUGGUGGCAUUUUUCAUAUGAACGACCAGCUAUUCAUCCAAAAAUUAGUGAAAGUGAACGAAUUUAUAUUGAAGAAAGUAUUGGAGAAGCUAGUUCAAUCGCUAACAAAACUUGGAUAAAACCACCUUGGCGUUCUUUUCUUCAUUCAAGACCAGUAUGGGCAAUAAUUGUAGCUAAUUUUUGUCGUUCAUGGUCUUUUUAUUUAUUAAUCAAUUCUCAAGCUGAAUAUUUUCGAGAAGCACUUGAUUAUAAUGUUGGAAAGGAUCCAUUUUUAGCAGCAAUGCCACAUUUAGUAAUGUCAUGUAUUGUACCAUUUGCUGGUAAAUUAGCGGAUCAUUUACGAGCAAAUUAUUUAACAACAACGGCUGUUAGAAAAAUUAUGAAUUGUGGAGGCUUUGGUAUGGAAGCUGUUUUUCUUUUACUUGUUGCUUAUGCAAAAGAUCCUCGAUUAGCUAUUGGAGCAUUAACAAUUGCUGUUGGAUUUAGUGGAUUUGCUAUAUCAGGAUUUAAUGUAAAUCAUCUUGACAUUGCUCCUCGUUAUGCAAGUAUUCUUAUGGGAAUAUCAAAUGGUGUUGGAACAUUAGCAGGAAUGCUAUGUCCUGUUGCUGUUGAAUUUUUAACUAAAGAAGGAAAACGUGAAGAAUGGGCACAUGUAUUUUUAAUUGCUUCAUUAAUACAUUUUGGUGGUGUUAUAUUUUAUGGUUUAUAUGCAUCCGGUGAAAAACAACCAUGGGCAGAACCACCACCAGAACAUGAAAUAUAUCAUCAACAGGGUAAUGAACAUACUGCUUCAUAUGGAUCAACAGUAACAGAUGGCGGUGGUGUUAUUGGUUAUCAAUCAGCAGAUCCAUUUGCUGGUGUAGCUAAUGGAAGUUAUACAAAUUUUCCUAGUCGACAAAAUGAACAAACAACAUCAAUUCCAUUAACAAUUGAAAAUCCAAUGUAUCGAAAUUAUCGUUAA